AUGGAACAAGCAGAGCGGUCGGGGGCACCACCACUUCGAGAGCAAGCCGACGGAGAGGCCACCCAACAGGGAGUACCAACUGAAGGAGAACAACUCGUCGAGGUGGCUAUCUUGCACAUGAAGCGAGCGGUGGAAUGGACGGCGGCAACGUGCACGCCCCAACACAUCGAGACAGUGGUGGGGAUGCUCCAUGAAUCCGACCCGCACCAAGUGGUACAAUGGUUCCAAUCCACCCUCAACACCCUCUACCCCUCCGAAGACCACAGCAACCACACGCAAAGGGGGCAGGAGGACCACCAGGAUGGCCACCAAGGGGACUACAAGGAGGACAACGACAAGAACACCAAGAUCAAAGAAGAAAGAGCCGACUGGGGAAGCACCAGCGACACCGACAACGACAAGGACGUAAAAGGGGUGAAAGAUGUCAAGGAUAUUGAAGACUACAAUGCCGAGGGGCCAUGUGCAACACCAUCGGUCCUUGAACAGCAUCACCUCCUCGACUCAACGACCCAACAGGACGACCCAGGAGCAGGCCAAGGGGAGCGAUGA